AUGACGGUGACGCCACUCGACUUCACGGCGAUCACAGGGCUCAGGGUUGGAGGAGACCCGAUCCCUUACGACUCGAGUCUGGUGCUGGACGACGCGGCUUUGAAGUGGUUCCUCGGGCAAGUGCCACGCCACAGCGGGGGGAUGGCAGCUUACGGGCAGUUCGUGGAGUAUUGGGACCACGAGCCUGCAACCGACGAGGAGGCGGCCCAGAUGGCCCGGGCAUACUUGCUAUACUUGUUCGGGGCUUCUCUGUUCCCGAACAGGCGUAGUCGGGUGCACCUGUGCUAUCUAGCGAGCUUGGUUGACUUGGGACAGGCGGGACGCUUCGACUGGGGAGGUGCUGCUCUGUGCACGUUCUACUGUCUCCUUGGAGCUGCUUCUCGCGGGGUUGGAGACACAGUUGGAGGAUUGAUUCGACUUGAAUUACGAAACUUGCAGCUUUGGGCUUACGAGGUUCGCUGGGACAGGUGGGCGGGGAUGGACGCUGACUUCCUUCCGAGGAGUCGGGAGAUGACACGGAGCAGGGUCCUACUGGAGUGCCCUCUGGGCUGGCAGUGGUACCUGGGGGAUCGAGUGACUCGACAGUCACUUGGUCUUCUAGCGUUCGUGGUUCCUGGGCUGCUUCCUCCACGCGUGCAGAGGACUGAGUCCUACACUCGCGCUGAGCUUGAGCUGUUCACCGUGCCGGACACGGAUCUGGAGAGGCACCUUCGACGCUCCUUGGACUAUGCAGCUUAUGCAGAUUGGUACUUGGCGAGGAGCCUGGGGGUGGAGGAGGAGUUCGAGAGACGGGUAGCCGGAGUGGGAGCUUGGAGGGACGAGAGCGGAGCGCGGAGCCGCGGUGGUCGCUCUGCACGGGGUCGGGGACGAGGUGCUAGAGCUCCUGCUGGUGGGCGAGGUGCAGGUACUGGAGGUAGGGGAGAGGGGAGCACGAGGGUUCCAGAGACUGCGGAGACUUCAGCACCACCGGCGUUGCCGACGCUGAAGUGGACUAUAGGCGUGACGAGUUCGUCGGGCGCACGAGAGGUGAUCGACAUGCCACGUCUCCCACAGCCGCCGAUGCGGUUUCCUGCUCAGGUGCCGCGAGAGUGGGCUGAGCAGGCCAUGAUGCUGAUGGUGGGGAUGCGCCACCUCUUGAAGGACUGCGCUAAGGGGAGAGCCCUUCAGACAAGACCUGCCCCUGUGACUGCUUCUCCUGUUGCCACUCAGGUGCAGCCACGACGUUCAGCUAGGACGCGUCCGCAGGGCACCACGAGCCCUCCCGUUCCUGCCAGCACGCGAGGUCGGGGUGCAGGACGUGCGCCACGGCCUGCUGCGGGUGCGGGACGAUUCGAGGUUUUGCCUCGGGAGGCGUCUCAGCGGAGACCAGCUCGCGUGGAGCCGAAGGGGACAGAGGAGUCCUCCGAGUCACGUGUCCUAGGGACGUCGGGCUCGAGUACUGCUUCUGGUUCUCCUGACGACAACGGUGAUGACGAGCCCGAGAGUUCUAAGUCUGAGGGACCACGACAGAAGAGAAUUCGACGGGUCUGA